AUGACCGAUGAAACUGUCCAAAUUGACCAAAGCGAUAGUCAUCAUGAAGAGGGCGAUGUUACUGAAGAUGCUGAAGCGGAGAUCGAGGCAAUGAAACAACGGGUAAAGGAAAUGGAAGAAGAAGCAGCUAAACUUCGUGAAAUGCAAGCUCAAGUCGAGAAAGAGAUGAACCUUACUUCAGAAGAGGAUAAGGAGGCAAUCGACGCACGAUCGAUUUAUGUUGGAAACGUAGAUUAUGCAGCUACUCCGGAAGACUUACAGAAUCAUUUCCAGUCUUGUGGUACAAUAAAUCGUGUUACAAUUCUUUGCGAUAAAUGGAGUGGACAUCCAAAAGGAUAUGCUUAUGUAGAAUUUGCAGAUCCUUCUUUAGUAACUAACGCGAUGUUGUUGGAUAACACAGUACUGCGUGGAAGAGCAAUUAAGGUUACGGCAAAACGCACAAACAUUCCAGGAUAUACUAAUACUAGAGGAAGAAGUGGAAGAGGCACUCGCGCUAGUUGGCGUGGUGGAUAUUACGGACAUGGUGCUUACUAUAGUCCCACAUUUAGAGGCAGCCGUGCGAGAGGACGACGUGCUUCUUUCGCUCCUUAUUAG